AUGACCAGUGCACAAUGCUCUACCUGUCAACAGUACAGGAAGUCACAGAUCAGGGAGACAUUGCUCCCUCAUGAUAUUCCCACUCGUCCGUGGCAAAUUGUAGGGACAGAUUUGUUGGAGUUUGAAGGGGAUAAUUACUUGAUUAUAGUCGAUUAUUAUUCAAAGUUUCCAUUUGUAGAAAAGAUGCCUGUUCAUUCUACCACAAAAGCCGUUGUCGAAGCAACUAAGAAGAUAUUCUCAGAGCAAGGAAUUCCUCAGAAAGUCGUGAGUGAUAAUGGACCUCAAUUUAGUUUUUCAUUGUACAGUGCAUUUGAGAAAGAAUGGAACUUUUCACAUGUGACAUCUUCGCCGCAUUAUCCCCAGUCAAACGGUUUUGUUGAACGGUUCAUUCAAAUUGUCAAGAAUUCAUUUCGUAAAGCAAAGGCUAGUGAGAAUGAUCCCAAAAUGGUUCUUCUUUGCAUUCGCACUACACCAGUAGACAGCAGCAUCCCAAAUCCUGGAGAAUUAUUAUUUGGACGUAAGCUGCAAGGAAAUCAUCCUGUAAGAAUACCUGAUAGGGAUCACCGAAGGGAUAAGGUCCAUGCACGUCUUGUUGAGAAACAACAGAGACAAAAAACGUACUAUGACCAGCAUGCUCGUGAUCUUCCUCAACUAAUUCCAGGGCAAGAAGUCCGAAUUCAAGAUAACAGAACCAAAGAGUGGCAACAAGGUACGGUACGCAGACAAUGCCAGGAACCACGGUCAUAUGUGGUAGAAAAUGAAAAUGGUAGUUGGCUACAGAGAAACCGACGGCACAUUCAGACAGUAAUUGAGCCUGCAUCAAGACGUGCGUUUGAUUCGCAAGUGAGAGCAGAGGAACCAGAAGAGAAAGCUAGAGAGGAACUUGGACAAACUACAGUCGAGACCCACCAAAACGUCUAUAGAACUAGAUCUGGAAGGGCAGUUCACAAACCUGAGAGAUAUGGCCAAUACAUUAACACUUAG